GUAGAGGGUGGAUUUUUCAAGCUCAAGAUGGAGGCCUUAUAUUAUGCCUAAUUGUACUCAUCUUGUUAUCUUGAACACACUAUGUCCGAUGAUAUAUGGGAGGAAAGUGCUGUCAAAGGCUUUAAAUUUGAUUUAGAGGAGCCCGAUAAUAUUUCUACAUAUAGCCAAAGUCUUGUUGAAUGUUUCACUGAGACAUUUUGCGAUGAACCCGUAGUUACAGACCUUAAUAGUCAGUUCUGUACAAUAUGUCAUAGUGUAAUUAUAAAUCAAAUUUAUUACGAGAAGGAUGUCAUCUUCUGUUCGGAGUCUUGUUGGCUAAAGGCUAUUACAAUAGCUCUUGAUGACUUUGUUGUUGGAGGGAUGAGUACGUGGCCGUUGAGUACUUUUGUUUCUCAAGCAUCUAAAUCGAUUAUACUAAAUUUGGCCACACGUUCUUGUGAUGGUGAUCUUAUCAUCAAGAUCAUUAAUGAUUUAAGAAACUCACUUUCUGAAACUACCUUUCAACAAAUUUUACUAAAAAAUUCUGUGGCUGCACUUCACUUUAUUAGUUUUCUCCGAAAAACUGGACAAUUAGUUAAUCUGAAAAAGUACAUGAAAAUUCUUGGAUUUGUCAGGGAGAGUGAGAUACCGAGUUACAAUCAGUUAAUGCAAAAAUUGAUGAAUAUCUCUGCUGGUCACGUUGAAGAAGUGAAUAAAUAUCUAAUGGAGAUUGCAGAAUCUGAUGUAGCUUCACAUAUUUCGAUUAAACACCUUGUUGAAGUCUGUUCAGAGCUUGCUGUCCUUUUGGAUUAUCAAAACAGCUAUGAAAAAGAGUGGAGUUUGACGUAUAAUGAAUUGGCAUUAGAUGUGAAUUCUCGAAAAAUAAUUACAACACUACCUAACAGUUUAUUGAUGCAACCAUUGUGCGAAACUUUAAGUGUAUUGGUCAGACUUGAUCAAACAAUCAAAUCAAAUAGUCGAGCUGAAAUAUUAGGCAAAAAGUGCAAGAUAUCAGAUGAACAGUUUAAGUGGUUAGUUAUUGAACCACUUGUUCAGUUACAAAACUGGAAUGAUCUUGAAUUUGUUUUAUUAAAAAAGAAAUCAUUGUCACGUCGUAUAGAAGUCACUAUUCCCAAUGACCGUCUCGUUCUUCACCUAAAUUCAUUAGGCGCUGCAAACAAGAUUAUUGAAAGCUACCUGAAGCAUAUAAGUGAUAAUGAAGAGUUUAUUCAAAUUGCUGUUCGCUUAAAAAUGAUUGAUGAAGCAGUAAAGCUUUGCUUGGAAAGGCGAAAUGUGAACGCUUUGAAGGACCUUAUGUCUCAAAUCCCUGGCAAUCAUCAAAGGAUGCAGGAAAUAUCUCACUAUCUAUCAGUUCCCGUUGCGCAGUGGAAAGACUUCGUAUGUAAAUAAACGCUGCUCUUC